AUGGACAUUUUCCAAUCGAGGCCGGCCGAGGCCUCCAUCGACGGCCCGCGGUCUCUCGAGUGGGAGCUGAGCCUGGACAGCGCCGACCUGCGCUCGCACGCCUGGUACCACGGCCGCGUCGGUCGGCUCGAAGCCGAGUCCCUGCUCAGCGAGGACGGAGACUUCUUGGUGCGCGAGAGCACCUCCCAGCCGGGGGAGUUUGCCCUGAGCUGCCGCUGGAGCGGCACAAGCGUCCACUUCAUGAUCAAUAAGGUGCGCGUGAACCCCGACACCAUCUACGAGACCGAGCAGUUCUUCCUGGAGGACGAGCCGUACGAGACGAUCCCGCACCUCAUCACCAGCUACGUGGGCGUCGAGCGGGCCGUGUCGGCCGCGUCGGGCGCGCGCCUGCGCCGGCCCAUCACGCGCACCGUGCCGAUCGAGCCGGCGCCGCUGCGGCCUGUCGAGGUGGCGCCACCGUCGGCGUUUGACGUUGACGCGUUCGAGACGCUGCUGCUUCCGGUGACACACAACGCGCCGCUGGACGCCACAGCGCUGAAGGGCGUCACCCUGGAGCUGCUGGAGGCGCCGGCGCGCGUGUUGGCCGCCCACCUGACCUGGUGGGACCUGCGGCUGCUGGACGACGGGGAGGAAGACCUCGGGCUGGGCGUCGUCUCGGGCAUCGAGCUGGUCACGCUGCCCCAGGGUCAGCAGCUGCGACAGGACCUGCUGGAGAGAUCCGAAUGGUUUUCGGCCUUCGUGAUCGCCACCAUUGUCAGCCAAGAGGACGAAGACGAGCGGGUGCAGAUGAUCAAUAAGUGGAUCAACGUGGCGAUCGAGACCAAGACAGCCCUUGGAAACCUGUACGGCUUUGCCAGCAUCAUAAAAGGGCUCUGCUCUCGCCAGGUCCAGAGGCUGUACGUCACGUGGCACCGUGCGCGGCAACGCUUCACGGCCGCUGCCGUCGAGUUCGAUGCGCAGCUGCGGCCCUGUCUGCGCAGCAUGAACGAUGGAUCCAACGCCGAGGCGCCGAACACGUGUUUGCCCCAUCUGGCGCCGCUGGCAGCGCUGCUGGAGGAGGCGCUGGCGCCGGCCACCACCGACCAGCUGGACCGGCGUCGCCUGCGCGACCAGUCAUCAUCACCCGGGCGCCAGGUGGUGACGGGGAGGCCUGUGUGA